UGAAGAAAAGCGUGGAUCAAAUCAAUAAAGAUGGAAAAUCAUAAAAAAAAUUAUUCAUCACAUGAUGAAAGUGCUUAUAUAUUUGAAAAAAAACGUAUCGUUCAACUACAUGAAGAACGUAUUAAAGUACAGAAAAAAACAUUUACAAAAUGGAUGAAUUCAUUUAUACAAAAGGCCAAAUUAGAAGUUGAUGAUAUAUUUGUUGAUCUUGCUGAUGGUAAAAAAUUAUUAAAACUUUUGGAAAUAAUUAGUGGUGAAAAACUUGGCAAACCAAAUAAUGGAAAAUUACGUGUACAAAAAAUUGAAAAUGUUAAUAAAUGUUUAGCAUUUUUACAUACUAAAGUUAAAUUGGAAAGUAUUGGUGCCGAAGAUAUUGUCGAUGGAAAUAAAACAUUAAUUUUAGGUCUACUUUGGACAAUAAUUUUACGUUUUCAAAUUCAAGAUAUUGAAAUACAAUUGGAAGAAAAUACCGAUAAAAAACAUUCAGCCAAAGAAGCAUUAUUAUUAUGGUGUCAACGUAAAACUAAUGGCUAUCCUAAUGCAAAAGUUACAGAUUUUACACAAAGUUGGCGUAAUGGAAUGGCAUUCAAUGCUUUAAUUCAUUCACAUCGUCCUGAAUUGAUUAAUUAUGAACAAUUAGAUCCAAAAAAUUCAAUAGAAAAUCUAAAUAAUGCUUUCAAAAUUGCUCAAGAAAAUCUUGCCAUACAACCAUUAUUAGAUCCUGAAGAUGUUGAUACAGAAAAACCGGAUGAAAAAUCUAUUUUAACUUAUGUAUCAUCAUAUUAUCAUACAUUUGCCAAAUAUAAUUCUGAACUUAUUAGUGGUAAACGUAUAACAAAUAUUAUAUCACAAUUAAUGGAAAUUGAUCGUCUUCAAUUGAAUUAUGAACUUUUGACAACUAAUCUUCUCAAUUGGAUUCAAAUGAAAAUUCAUCAAUUAGAUAAACGUGAAUCAUUUGCCAAUUUAGAUCAAAUUCAACAUGAAUUUGCUCGUUUCAAAGACUAUAGAACAGUAGAAAAACCGCCAAAAUAUCGUGAACGUAGUGAAAUUGAAGCUUUAUUGUUCAAUAUUCAAACCAAACGAAAAGCAUUGGGUCAGGUUUUAUAUUUACCACCGGAAGGAAAAUUAAUCCAAGAUAUUCAUAAAAGUUGGAUAGAUCUGGAAAAAGCUGAACAUCGACAUGAAUUAAAAUUACGUGAAGAAAUGCGACGUUUAGAACAAAUAAACAAUAUGGCUGAUAGUUUUUAUCGAAAAUGUAAUAUUCGUAAAAGUUAUCUUGAUGAAAUGAUACAAGUAUUAAGCGAUGUUCGUUAUGGAAAUAAUCUAAGUCAAGUUGAAGCAACUAUUAAAAAACAUGAAGCAAUUUCUGCUGAUAUUUUAUCAAGAAAAGAACGUAUCGAUUCAUUGCAACAAAUGACUGUUGAAUUGAAAAAUGAAAAUUAUUUUUUCAUUGAUAAAGUGGAAAAUUUUUUCCAGGAAAUAAAAAUUUCAUGGGAUAAAUUAAUAUCAAUAUUGGAAAUGCAUCAGAAAAAUCUAUCAACUGCAUCAAAUUUUAUGCGUACAAAAUCUGAAAUCGAAACAAUUGUUAAUGAAUUUUUAGAUCUUAUCAAACGUAUUAAUAUUGAUUCAAAUGUUACUCAUCUGCGUACAGCUGAAGAAUAUUUACAAACACAUACAUUAUUGGAAGCACAAAUUGCAUCAAAUGAUGAAACAGUAAAACGUUUAACUAAUAAUGCUAAUAAAUUAUUAGAACAAGAACAAAUUCAACAAUCAUUAUUGUUACAAAAAGAGAUACCAAAUCUACAGGAAAGUUUACAUUCAUUACAAAAAUUACAUGAAACAUUAAAACAACAAUCAUUGAUAAAACGAAAAAAAUUGAUUAAACUACGUGAUUUUUAUCGUUUGCUACAAGAUAUUGAAGAAGAAGAAACAACAUUAGCUGAUAAAUUAAAUAUUUGUCAGGCAAUAUUACCGGGUAAAGAUUUAUUGGGUGUAAUUUCUUUACAACAAAAACAUAAUGUUUUUGAAGCCGAAAUUAAAGCACAUGAUGGUAGAAUUAAGAUAAUAGAAAAGAAAGCACAAAUUUUUAUGGAAAAUGAUUCAAUGGAAAAGAAAAUUAUUGAAGAUAAAUUAGAAGCAUUAUAUGAAAUUUGGAAAAGAUUACAAGAAAUAAGUGCUACAAAAUCAAAAGAAUUGGCUAUAAUUAUUGAAGCAUUUCAAUAUUAUUCAGAUGCAAAUGAAACAGAAUCAUGGUUGAAAGAAAAAAUUCAUCUAGCUAAAUCCGAAGAUUAUGGUAAUGAUGAACAAACUGCCCAGGCAUUACUUAAACGACAUAAUUUUCUUGAAAGUGAAAUUAUGUCAUAUUCAAAUGAAGUUGAACGUUUAAAUAUUCAAUCGGAAAAAAUGAUCAAUUCAGAUGUAGAAAGUUUAUUUCUUUUGGGUUCACAACAAUUUUCAUUUGAUAAUAAUUCGAUUGAUAAUGAACAAUCAACGAUCGAUGAAAUCAAUGAUGAAACUGAAACGACAGAAAUUUCCGAAAAAAUACCUCAAGUUUAUGUGAUUUAUGAUUAUGCAACAGAAAAUUUUCAUGUAAAAAAAGGUGAUAUUUUAAUUUUGAUUGCCAAAACUACACCGGAUUGGUGGAAAGUUUGUUUCGAAGGGAUGACUGAUCAAUUUUAUGUGCCAUCAAAUUAUGUCAAAGAAAUUGAACCGAAAAUCAUAAAUCGAAAACAGAUUGAAAAACCAUUACAACAACAACAAAGAAAACUUUCUUCUAUAGUCAAAAGACGUCAUAGUAAACGUAGAUUAUCAAUUGUUUAUGGUGCUGAUACUGUUGAACAAAGACGAUUAUUAAUAAAUACAAAUUAUAAAAGAUUAAUUGAUCUUUGUAAGAUACGAAGAAAAUCAUUAGAAGAAUCGAUAAAAAUGUUUUGUUUUAAUAGUGAAUGUGAUUCGUUUGAAAAUUGGUUGAAUGAUAUGGAAAAUACAAUUGAAAAAUCAAUGAACGUAAAAAAAGAACAACAACAACAAAAUUCUAAAACACAAUCAAAUGAUUUAAGUAAACAAUUUGAAAAAAUGAUUACCGAUUUAUUAGCUAAUCGUUCACGUUUGGAUGAAAUUAAUCGAAUGGCUAAUGAAAUGAAUUCACCAAUGUAUAUGUCGAUAAUGAAAAAACGUAAAGAACAAAUUCAAAAAAAAUGGGAUCAAGUGAAUUUUCUACAAAAACAAUUGGGUAAAAAUAUUGAAGGUUUAACAUCGGUUGAAGUAUUUGAUUCGGCAUGUACUGAAACACUUGAACGUAUAAAUGAUAAAUUGGAAAAAAUAAAUGAUUAUUAUUAUUUGGAUGUUGGUCAAGAUUUAAAAACAGCACAAGCAUUACAAAGAAAACAUGAUAAUCUUGAAUUAGAAUUAAUACCGAUAACAGAUUCAUUGAAAAAAUUGAAUAUAAUUUCGGAAAAUGUAAAAUCAUCAUAUCCAUUGGAAAAAUCAAGAGUUGAUAAACGUUUAGCUGAAUUGAAACAAUUAUGGGAACAAUUGAAAAAAUGUUCGGAUGAAAAACGUAGCUGGUUGGAUAAAAUGAUUGGUUUACAAAUUAUUAAAAAUUCAUCCAACGAUAUUAAUGCAUGGCUUAAUGGUUAUGCAAAACAAUUGUUACAAUAUGAUCGAAUGGAUCCAUCAUUUAAAAAUGUUGAAAGUUUGGAAACAAUUACUAAAGAACAUAAUGAUCUUUUAGUUGAUAUAAAAGGUAAACAUAAUGAUAUUGAAGAUUUAAAAAAUUUAGCAGAAAAAUUAAAAAAUCAAAUCGAUCCAAAUGAAUUGAAAAUUGUUGAUGAAAUGUCGGAAAAAUAUGAUCAAAUCUACCAGGAAUGGAAUGAAAAAACAAAUUUUCUUCGUCAAUGUUCGGAAUUGAAUUGUUUUAAUCAGGAAGCUGAUCGUAUUGAAACUAUUAUCGGAUCGGAUUUAACAUUUUUAGAAUUUGAUGAUAUUGGUAAUAGUUGUCAAGAUAUUUAUGCAUUAAUCAAAAGACAUGAAAGAUUUUUGGAUACACUGAAUGCACAAGAUCAACGUAUAUAUAAUUUUAUUGAUUUUGGUGAUAAAUUAAUUCAGAAUAAUAAUUUUGAAAUUGAUUUGAUCAAAGAACGACAGAAAAAAAUUAUUGAACGUCGUAAAAUGCUUAAAGAUAAAGCAUUUUUAAGACAAAAAUUAUUGAAUGAUGCACGAAUGUAUCAUGAAAUUAAAAAUGAUGCUGAAGAAUUUUUAAAUUGGUGCCAAAACAAACAGAAAAAUGUUAAAGAUCUUUUUGAUGGAAAAGAAAUUAUUAAAAAUGAUGCGGAUAUUGAAAGAAAAAUGAAAAAACAUCAAACAUUAGCUGCAGAAAUACGUGCACAUCGUAUUCAAAUGGAAAAAAUUCUUAAUAAUCUUGAUGAUUUGAAUAAAAAUUCACAUUUAAUUUCUACAAAUGAAUUGGAUGAAAUUGAACAAAAAGUUAAAAAUGAAUGGAUCGAUUUGAAUAAUCUUAUUGAAAAUAAUGAAAAAUUAAUGUGUCAAAUUUCAAGAAAAAUGGAAAGAAAAAAAUCAUUUCAAACAAUGCAAAAUCGUUUUGAUGAAAUUCAAUCCGGUAUCAAUUUGGAUGAAUUACCAAUUGAUCGAAGAACUUGUAAAAAACUUUUACAAAAAAAUAAAUUAAUUGAAAAAGAAUUAUCAACAUUGGAAAAUAAAGUAAACAAUAUGAAAAAUGAUAAACAAACGAUUGAUGAUGAUGAUCAAACUGAUGGUAAAACCGAUAAUCAUCAUCAACAAUAUUCUGAUGAAAAUGAUCAUGAUUAUAAUGAAUUAAAAACAACGAUAUUGAAGCUAAAAGAUCCAUUGAAUAAACGAAAUCAACAAUUAUUACAAUUGAAUGAAUAUUUUCAAUUUGAAUAUGAUGCUAAUGCAGAACUGCAAUGGAUUAAAGAUCGAAUAAUAAUUGUAUCAUCGAAUGAUGUACCACAAAAUCUAACUGAUGCACAAAAUUGGUUAAAAAAAUUGGAACAAAAUUUAAAAAAUGAAAUCAAUACACAUGAAAAUCAUGUUAUGAAAAUUCUUGAUCAAGCCAAAGAAUUUAUUCAACAGAAUCAUCUGGAAAGUGAUAAAAUAAAUAAAAUAUCAGAAGAUUUGAAUACAAAUUGGAAUCAAUUGAUACAAUUAACCGAAAAUCGAAUUGAAAAAUUAAAAAUCUAUCUAAAAAUUCGUCAAUUUUUAUCAGAUUGUAAUGAAAUUGAAUUAUGGCUGAAUGAUAAAAUGAAUAUUUUAAAUAAUCCAAUUUAUGGUAAUGAUGAAAUAACAUUGAUAAAAUUAUUACAAAAACAAAAAUCAAUGGAUCUUGAAAUUGAUGCUUAUUCUGGUCUUAUCGAUGAACUAGUACGACAAUCAGAAGAUUUAAGUUUAUCAGUAAAAAAUGAACCAGAACAAAAAUUAUUGAAACAACGUGCACAAGAUUUAAAUGUACAAUUGAAAAAGAUACAAAAAUUAUCGAAUGAACGUAAUCUAAAAUUGAUUGAUUUAAAACAAUUUUAUGAAUAUUAUCAAGAAAGUAAUGAUUUUUUAGAAUGGUUAAAGAAAAAACAACAAAUUUUACUUAAUGAAGAUUAUGGUAAAGAUUAUGAACAUUGUAUUAUAUUACAGGCAAAAUUUUUCGAUCUAAAACGUUUAAUUUUAGCCAAUGAAGAACUGUAUAAACAAUGUAUGGAAAAUUCAAAACGUUUUAUUGUACGAAAUUCGGAAUCUGAUCAAUCAACAACAACAAUCGAUAAUAAUAAUAGUGAAACAAUUGAAACAAUAUGGCAAGAUUUAAUGAAUCUUUUACAAACUAAAGAACAAAAAUUUAUUGCAGCAGUAAAAAUACAUCGAUUUAAUCGUGAUGUUGCCGAUGCUUAUGAAAGAAUACAUGAAAAAUAUUCAUUUAUUAAUAAUCAAGAUUAUGGUCGUGAUUGUCAAACAACACAGAAUCUGAUACGUAAUCAUGAUGUAUUUGAAAAUGAUUUGGUUGCAUUAGAAGCACAAUUACAAAUUUUAAUUAAUGAUAGUGUUAAAUUAAAACAAGCUUAUCCGGGUGGUAAUGCUAAACAAAUUGGUGAAAAACUUAAAUCAGUUCUGGAUUAUUGGGAAAAACUUAAAGAUUUAAGUACAUUUCGACGACAAAAAUUAUGUGAUACAUAUGAAUUUUAUCAAUUUGUUUCGAUUGUACGAAAUCUUGAACAAUGGUCAACAAAUCUGAUUAAUGAAAUGAAAAUUGAUGAUGAACAAAUUAAAAAUGAAUUGAAUAAAAAUUCAUUCAUAUUCCCCGUUGAUAAAGCACAGAAUGCUAAAAAUGUUCAUGAAAGAAUUAAAUCCGAAAUUGAUUCACGUGAAAAUGAAUUUAAUAUUUUAGUUAAAGAUGCAAAUAAAUUGGUAAAAAAUCCAUUUUAUAAUCAAAUUAAAGAACAAACAGAAAAAUUAUUGAAUAUACGUGAUCAACUUUAUAAUAUAUGGCAAAUAAAAGAUGUAACAUUAGAUCAAUUAGUUGAUUAUUGUAUAUUUAUUCGUGAUUUAAAACAAUUAGAACAAUUAUGUCAACAAUUUAAAAAUCGUUUAGAAACAUUUGAAACAGAACAAGAACAACAAACAGCUGAAGAAGUGAAUAGAAAUCUUAAAAAAUUUAAUGAAUUUAUUAAAUUAUUUGAAUCACAUGAACAAAAAUUUAAUGGAUUAAAAGAAUGUGCAACAAAAUUAUUGGAAAAAAAUAAUAAUCAUUCGGAUCAAAUACAAAUCUGUUUAGAAGAUUUAUUAACAAAAAAAACAAAAUUAUGGCAAAUAAUUUUAUCCAAAAAAGAUCAACUAUCAGAUGAUUUAAUUUUUGCACAAUUUCAACGUGAUAUAAUUGAAACUGAUUCAUGGAUUGAUGAAAAACGUAUUCAAAUUGAACAAAUUUCAUUACGUGAUAAACAUAAUGAUGAUAUUGAAAUAAAAUUAAAAAAAUUACAAAAACAACAAGCACUUGAAGCUGAAAUUAAUGUCAAUACUGAACGUAUAACAGCCAUACAAAAUAAAGCAAAACAUUUAAUUACAAAAAAUCAUCAUCAUUCAAUACAGAUUCGUUCACAAUUGGAUGAUAUUUUAAAAAAAUGGGAAGAAUUAAAAUUAUUAAGUCGAAAUAUUUGUGAAGGAUUUGAAGAAGCUAAAGAUAUUUAUGAAUUUAAUAAAAAUGUUGAUUUAGUUGAAUCAUGGAUUCGUGAAAAAGAAUUAAUGAUACAAUUCAAUGAUACUGGUGAAGAUUUUGAACAUUGUCAAGCAUUAUUGAAAAAAUUGGAUGAUGUUGGUACCGGUUUAAAGGUGGAUGAAGAUGAAAUUCAUCAAAUCAAUCAUUUAGCUGAUAAAUUAUUAAAUCAAUGUAAAAAUGAAAAUCAAAUUGAUGAAAAACGAUUAUCAUUGAAUGAAAAAUGGAAACAAUUACAGGAAAAAAUUGCCAAUUAUCGACAAAGAUUAAUCAAUGCAUUGGAAAUUCAUUCACUCAAUAGAGAUCUUGAUGAAAUCAAUGAACGUGUAAUGGAAAAACAUUUACUUGCAUCAAAAGAAUGUGAUGCUAAAGAUUUAUCAUUAGCGGAAAAUGAACAACGAAAACAUGUAUCACUUUGUUAUGAUAUUUAUGGUAUUGAAAAUCAUUUUAAAAAUAUUAAUGAUAAUGAUGUACGAAGAUUGAUUGGUCGAAAUCCUGAACUAAUGGAAAAAUCACGUACAAAAAUUCAAACAAUUCAAGAAAAUUUAAGAAAAUUAUCACAAGAAUGUAGUAAUAAAGAUGAAAAAUUACAAUUUGCAAUAAAAUUGAAUAAAUUUUUUGAUUCAAUCAAAGAAUAUGAAAAUUGGGCAAACAAUAUUUUAGCGGAAAAAUUAUCGAAAACAUUUACAUCGGAAAAUAUUUCACAAGCUGAAAUUGAACUGCAAGAUCAUGAAUAUAUUAAAGAUGAAUUAAUUUCACGAAAACAAAACAAUAAAAAUCUAAAAGAAUAUGGAUUAAGUUUGUUACAAGAAUUGAAACAAAAUGAAAAUGAAAAUCAAUUACAAAUACAAAAAGUACAAGAAUGCAUUGACAAAAAUGAUGAAUUACAACGUCAAUUAGAUCAAGCUUGGGAUGAUAAAUGUAAUUAUUUAAAACAAUGUAAACAAUUACAUAAAUUUAAUGAUCUUUACAAACAAUCGGAUUCAUGGUUAACAUUGAAAGAAGCAUUUCUUACCAAUGAAGAUCUUGGUUCAAAUUUGAUAGCUGUUGAAGAUUUACUUAAAAAACAUGAUUCAUUUGUUCAAUCGUUUGCUGGACAACAACGAAUAAUUGAACUAUCAACAUUUGCUCAAGAACUUAUUGAACAAAAACAUUUUGAUUUGCAUAAUAUUCAAAUGAAAAAUGGUGAAAUUUUGGAAAGACGAGAUAAACUUUUUGAAUUGGCAAAAAUUCGAAAAAAUAAACUAGAAAAUUCUAAACUUUAUUUUAAAUUUUUACAAAGUUAUAAUGAAAUUUAUGGUUGGCUUGUUGAGAAAAUCAAAGUUGCCAAUGAUGAAUCAUAUCGUGAAUCAAUCAAUUUGUUAUCGAAAAAACAAAAACAUGCAGCAUUUGAAGCUGAAAUCAAUUCGAAUAAAGAACGAAUCGAUGAAUUAUUAAAUGAAGGUGAUGCCCUCAUUAAUAAUUCACAUUUUCGUUCGGAAGAAAUUAAAAUUAAUUUGGAUAAUAUUAAAAAAUUAAAUCGUCAAUUGAAUGAAAGUACUGCAUUCAAACGUAAUCGUCUGAAUGAAGCCUAUCAAGCAUUACAAUUUUUUCGUCUUUGCGAUGUUCUUUCAUCUUGGAUCAAAGAUAUUGAAGCAAUUCUAAACGAUAAGGAUAAUGGUAAAGAUUUAUCUAGUGUACGUAAUUUAUUGAAAAAACAUGAAUUACUUGAAAAUGAUGUUCAUAAUCAUAAUGAAAAUGUUGAAAAUAUUAAAGAUCAAUUGGCACAUUUUCAACAAAAUAAUCAUUUUCAAAUUGAUGAAAUUGAAGAAAAAGGUAAUCAAGUUAUCAAACGUUUUAAUGAUAUACAAAAACCAAUUGAUCGUCGUCGUGAAAUACUUGAAGAUUAUCAUACAUUUUUUCAAUUCAAAAAUGAUGUUGAACAUGAAUUUUUUUGGAUCAAAGAAAAAGAAAAUCAAUUAAAACAAUUUGAUAAUACUAAUUCUGUAUUGGAUAUACAACGAUUGAUAAAACGUCAUAAAAUGUUAGAAUCAGAAAUUCAAACAAGAGAAAUUCAAUUAAGUGCACUUGUUUCAAAAGGACAUAGCCUAUUAAAAGCUGAAGGAUCUAAUCUGGAAGAUAUAAAAUUUUUAACAAAUGAACUGCAGAAAAAAAUACAAUAUCUAAAAGAUGCUUUUGCUUUGAAACGAAUGCAUUUGAUUGAUUCAUUGGAAUCACAUCAAUUUUAUUCGGAUGUUGUUGAAGCUGAAAGCUGGAUCAAUGAAAAAAAUUCCUUUUUAUUGAAUGAUGAUAAUGGUCGUGAUGAAGAAUCUGUAUCAAUGUUGUUGAAAAGAUUAGAAGCUAUAAGCAAUGAAUCUGAACGUUUUAAUUCCAAUUCGAUGGCUAAAUUGAUUCAGCAAUCGAAUCAAUUGAUAGACAAAAAUCAUAGUGAAAGUAAUGAAAUCAAACAAAAAUUAGAUGGUCUUGUUGAAAAAUUUAAUCAAUUUUCUGAAGAAAUAAAAAAGAAAAGACAAACUCUAUCACAACGUAGCUUAUAUUUUUCAUUUGAACGUGAAGCUGAUGAAUUAAUUUCAUGGAUUAAAGAUCAACAAAUUAUUGCAAAUUCUGAAGAUUAUGGUCAAGAUGUUGAACAUAUUGAAAGUCUUAUUCAACAAUUCAAUACAUUUAUUUCAUUUAUUAUGUCGAAUGAAGAACGUGUAAAAAUAUUGGAAAAACAAGCUGAAAAUGUUCAAAAUUCGGAAGAAAAAUUAAAAGAAAUACAAUCUUCAUGGAAUCAAUUGAAAAAAAUGGCUGCUCAUCGACAAGAACUGUUACAAAGUGCUGAAGAAGUUCAUCGUUUUUGUCGUAGUGCUGAUGAAACUGUUUCAUGGAUACGUGAAAAAGAAUCAAGUACUAUUUUUGAUGAAGUUAAUUCAAAAUUUGAUGAUAUCAAUACGAUUAAAGCGAAAAUUCAUAAACUAGAAGGAUUUGAACAUGAUUUGAAUGCUGUUCGUGAACAAGUAGAAACAUUAUAUGUUGAAGCAGAUAAAUUAAUCGAUUCAUUUGAUAAUGUUAAAGAACAGAUUCAAGAACGUAAAAAUGAAGUAAAAGAAGUUUGGGAUGAUCUUAAUAUGAAAACCAAAUUACAUAAAGCAAAUUUAAUACAAAUUGAAAAUAGUCAAUCAUAUUUUGAUCAAUGUAUGGAAUUAUUAACAUGGAUCAAUGAAAUGCAAGCAUUAAUAACGGCUGAUGAUAAACUUGUUACGGAUGUUAUGGCAGCUGAACAACAACUUGACAGACAUCAAGAAUAUGAAACAGAAAUUAAAUUGAAAAAUAAAAAUGUUGAAGAAAUUCUGGCCACUGGUAAAAGAAUUAUUUCAGAAGGACAUAUAAUGUCUAAAGAAAUCGAACAACGUAAUGAAAGAAUGAAAAAUGCUUAUGAUAAUUUGGUUUUAACAUGGCAAAAAAGAUUAACUUUAUAUGAAUAUAAUGUUGAUGCAAGGCAUUUUGUUCGUGAUGUUGAACAAAUGGAAAAAUGGAUUAAUGCUAAUCAUAAUUAUAUUGAUGAUAAUAAUUUUGGUGAUUCAAUUAGCGAUGUUGAAGAAUUAUUAAUAAAACAUGAAGAAUUUGAAAAAACAAUUACAACACAAUUGGAAAAAUUGAAUAAAAUUGAAAGAAUAACAUUGAUGGAAAAAUAUUUUGAAAAUCUUAAACGUGAAGAAGAACAACAAAAAGCAGCUGAAUUAUUAAGACAAGAAAAAGAAAAAAGAAUGGAAGAAGAACAGAAACGUAUACUUUUCCGUCGUAGUGAUGAAGAAUCAAAAUAUUAUGAAAACAAUGCAAAUAAAAGUAAAUUAAUGUCAUCAAAACAAUCAUCAUCAUCAACGAAAACACCACGAAGAUAUGCAAGUUUUUCGUUUGUGAAAAAAUAUCCAAAAAUCAAACCACUUACACCGAAUUUACCGCAAUUUUCCUGUAAAGGAAUGUUGGAACGUAAACAUCUUUUUGAAUCGGGUGGAAAAAAAGCUGAAUCUCGAACAUGGAAAACUUAUUACACUGUUCUUUGUGGUCAUCUAUUAUGUUUUUUUAAAGAUAAAAAUGCUUUCAAUAAAAAUUCAGCAGCUUCAGCACCACUUUCCAUAUUAAAUGCUAAAUGUGAAAAAAUUGAAUAUAAACAGAAAAAACAUGUUUUCAGUAUUGAAAUGACAAAUAUGUGUAAAUAUUUGUUUAUAACCAGUGAUGAAGAUAGACUUCGUGAAUGGAUUAGUGCUAUUACUUUUCGUGCAUCACUUCCACCAUCUGAUCAAUUGAUUGAUUAUAAAAAUUUUGUACCAUCACAACAAUCAUCAACCGAUUUAAUUGGUUCAUCACAAAAUGGUGGUGCUAAUAAUGUUUCAGAUAGUUCUUCAUCAAGCCAUAAAUCAUCAUUAACAUCAUUGCCUGAUAUUCAUUCAACAAAUCAUGAAAAUUCACCACAAUCACUUAAUCAACAACAAAUCGAUAACAAAUCUAAUAAUAAUAAUGAACAAAAUAAUUUAAAUGUUGAUACAAAUUCAUCUGAUGAUAAAUCAUACUUUCCAUCACCCGAAACAUCAAGACCAAAAAUCAAUAAAUAUGGCAGUUUACCGGCUAAUAUGAUGCCCAUAAAAGAAGAUUCAAUUUAUGCUAAAAAUGAUCAUCCAAUUGGAUUACCAACCAUGAAAAGUUUCGAUCAAGAUGAUAUUGGAAGUUUGAAUAAUGAAAAAACAAAAAAGAAACGUCGAAGUUUUUUUAAACGUAGUCGAUAGAAGAAGAAGAAAAAAAUUCAUCGAUAAUCAUCAUUGUUAUAACGAAGA